CAAAAUAAGCAGGAGUCCUUUUUACCCCUAUUGCCCUGAGCCAACCAGGUGACAGCAAACCAUAUUUACCAUAACAAACAACCUGUCCAGCAUACAAACUGCGUCAGAUGAGAACAUCCUCACAGCCUUGGAAUCAUCUCUGCCUCCGAUUUUGAGAAGUUGUACUGAACCACCAGAAUUUGUAGUCAGGCUAAACAAAUUUUGAAUUUGGAUACAGCUGAACUCUUGUAGACUGCACAAUGGUUCAAGGUGUAUCAGAGAUAGCGGCAAUGUGUGUCGGCCUGAUUGGGCUGAUCGGCGCGGCGGCUACUACAGGGAUGCCCAUGUGGAAGGUGACUGCUUUCAUUGGGGAAAACAUAAUUGUGAUGGAAACCCGCUGGGAAGGUUUGUGGAUGAACUGCUACAGACAAGCCAACAUCAGGAUGCAGUGUAAGGUGUACGACUCUCUGCUGUACCUGCCCUCGGAGCUACCGGCAGCCAGGGGUCUGAUGUGCUGUUCUCUAGCCUUGUCAGCUGUGGGGCUCCUUGUGGCUCUGGCAGGAAUGCGGUGUACAUCCUGUAUACAGGACAACGAUUGGGCUAAGACCACCAUUCUGAUGGUUGCAGGUGGUAUGCAGCUCAUAGCCUGCAUCUGUGUCUUUAUCCCCGUCUCAUGGACAGGUCAUGUUAUAAUCAGGGAUUUUUACAAUCCUUUGCUAAUUGAUGCCCAGAGAAGGGAGCUGGGAGAGGCUCUCUACAUCGGUUGGGUGACAGGGGGCUUCCUUUUUGCCUCAGCCGUGUUGUUCCUCUGCCGCCGUAUUCCCUCAGUGAAAGACUCAUUCGACAUGUACCGGCAAGCCAAAUUGCUUGGUUAUCAGCCAGCACCCAGCAAGACAACUCUAAUGAGUUAUCAUCCCAUCUCACGUGUUUCCAGCCUUCAUUCUACUGCAUACCAUCCUUCUCUGCAACAACUUACGACGCCACUUCAAAACGUUCCUCAAGUAAUGACAAAUGACGGAGCACAAAUCAACCAUCCGGUUGUCUAUAACCCCUGUCUGCCUGAAAAUUCAUCAUCUUAUGUGGGUAGCACGGCUUACCAUUACACCACGCAGAGUUCUGAUCAUUUUGGGAGCCUGUAUACGCCCGGCAACUCCGUGUACCUAAGGCAAAACACCACACCCUAUUCACCAACUUAUUUAGGCAAUCCUACUGCGUCCGACAAGUCCAGUUUGGACCUGGUUCCACACACUCCUGUUUUCAUAGGCUAUGAAGAAUCAAGGAUACAACCCAAGUCAAAGAGUAGGAGCAGUGCUGGUGUAUACAUAUAAACUAAAAUCAUGUGUUUUUUUUAGCUGGUUAAAGUUAAAGACACAAAGCAGUAUGCUUAGGUAGUAUAUCAUCACAAGCUCAUUUUAACUGCUGUACAUGUACCAGAAUAUUAGGUUUUCUCUGCUUAUAUGACGAUUAGUGUGUUCCAUUAAAAAAUCAUUGUAAUUUGAAUUUUGCAAAAGACUAUAUAUGGGUUG